AUGGACUCUGCAGAGCCAAAAGCCAUUCCUCCUAUCACAGAGAAUGUGUGCGAAGAUGUUCCAAACGGCGUUUCUGAUGAGCCACCGCAGCCGUUGUACAGUAUCCUAUCGGAAAAGGAGAAGAUCUUCACGGUAUGCACCUGCUCAAUGGUGACUUUCCUGGCUCCCGUAGCGGCCAAUAUGUAUUUCCCUGCUCUUGGACCGCUGGCAAGACAUAUGCAUGUGUCAAGCUCCAAAAUCAGUCUGACAAUAACGUCUUUCAAGAUUGUUCAAGGAGUCGCACCCUUGCUAACUGCCAGUUUCUCCGAUCAAAGCGGACGCCGGCCAGUUCUUCUGGCCUCUGUACUCAUCUUCAUCGGCAGUAAUAUUGGACUAGCGCUUCAAAGCAGUUAUGCAGCUCUGCUCGUUUUACGUUGUUUCCAGGCUUUGGGUAGCAGUAGCAUAUCGCUCAUUUCAAACGCCUCUGUUGCUGACGUGGUUCCCCGAGCAGAGCGAGGCAGAUACAUGUUCUAUUCCUCUCUCGGGAUGACUAUCGGCCCAGCAGUUGGACCAACUCUUGGAGGCAUUCUGACGCAAUAUCUUGGAUGGCGAAGUAUAUUCUGGUUCCUUUCUAUCUCCUCAGGAGUCAUGCUCUGUGUUAUUAUGCUAUUCCUACGUGAGACUUGUCGAGCCAUAGUGGGUAACGGCAGUGUGUCUCCCCAACCUUGGAACCGGUGUGCUCUGCAAUUUCUUCCCCUGAAAAAGCAGCAUGCCCCGGACUAUGAGACACGGGUUGUCACCAGACGUCGACCUGGGAUUCUUGCCACGUUAAGGAUUCUACUAGACAUCCAUAUUAGUCUUCUUGUCCUCUGCGGCGCACUCUGCUUCUGCGGGACCUCGGCGAUCUUAAGCAGUCUCCCCGUUCUCUUAGAAAGGAAAUAUGGACUCAACCCUUUGCAAAUUGGCCUGUGUUAUCUCCCCUAUACAGCUGGGGGCAUCCUAACUCGCUGGAAUGUUGGAACUGUGGUUGAUCGGAAUUUCAAGCGUCAUGCGCGUAAAAUCGGAGAGGAAGUUCGACCAAACCAGCAAUCACAACGACAACUCCGGCGCAUCCCGCUUGAAAAGGUUCGGUUGGAGUUAGCAUUGCCGUUUUUAUAUCUUUCUUGCCUCUGUGUUAUAGGCUAUGGCUGGAUCAUGUAUUAUGACGUGCAUCUUGCAGGCCCCCUGGUUUUGUUGUUUCUCUUUGGUAAUGCAACAACCGGGGUCAACAACAGCAUAACCACUCUGGCGAUUGACCUUAAUGCCUAUCGUCCCGCCGCUACUAUGGCCGCUAUGAAUACUGUCAAGCAUCUAACGGCAGCAGGAGCCGUUGCGGCGGCAGUGCCAUUGAUUGAUGCCAUCGGCAUUGGCUGGGUAGGAAUCUUCCUCGCUGGUUUGUGGUUCCUUGUUUCGCCAGCUUUAUGGAUUCUAUAUUGGAAUGGACAGCGUUGGAGACAGAAGGAGACUUCCCAGCAGGAUUAA